ACGGUUCUGUGAUUGAGAGGCCAAACCGACCAAAACACGAGUGAAUGGAGAGUUUGACGCGUCCGCAGCGCGUCUUGCGUUAUUAUCAAUGAGAUGAGCCGCAGAACUCCAGCUGUCCCAGAGUCUCACAUCCAGAUAAUGAGCUGACAUACACAUACCAGCUACCGGACACCGCUACAGCUGGGUGUGCGCCGUUAUUCCUGCUCAUUUCCAUGGACAAAAUGAUGCUUUUUGCAGAAAGGAUAGACAGAUAGUGACUGCAUUGUUUGUUUCUACUCAGUCAAUGAUAUUUGGAGGUUUUUACGCAUGUGGAUUGAAUGGACAGAUCAACUUUAGAGAGUGGUUGAAUGCUUUGAAUCUGAAAUAACUCGUUCUAGCUCACUGAUAUCGUGUUUUAUGAAAAGAUGAACUCGAUGUUGUUUGGGGAAGGUUUUUUGGGCGGUAUGGUGAGCGGUGCGCCACCGGACGCGGUGCCGAGAGCGCUGCGCAACGACCUGGGCUCCAACAUCCACGUUCUCAAGACCCUCAACCUGCGGUUCCGCUGCUUCCUCGCCAAAGUUCAUGAGCUGGAGAGAAGGAACAAACUCCUGGAGAGCCAACUGAAGCAGGUCUCUGAUAAACCGAGGUAUCCGGGCUUCACGUUUACGCGAGAAGUGGCUGUCCAGACGGACUCGCUGGAAUCGCGACUUCCAGGCACCAUCUGGAGUUUUACGCAUGUUUUGAGACAGGGGGAGUGCGUGAAGACCGUGCAGGGGCCCGGAGUCACCUGGACCCAUCCGGACGGGGUAGGGGUCCAAAUUGACACCAUCACCCCAGAACUAAGAGCCAUAUAUAAUGUUCUGGCCAAAGUCAAACGGGAGAGGGAUGAGUACAGGAGAAAAUGGGAGGAGGAGCUGUCGAGAAGAGAACAGAUGGAGUCAAUGGUACAGACGCUGCAGGAGAACGUCCAGGAGUCUGAAGCGAUUCAGGACGAGUUGAACGAGAAGGUAGAAAGACUGAAAGCUGAACUGGUGGUCUUCAAGAGUCUCAUGAGUGAUCAAAUGUCCGACCUGGACUCAAAGAUUCAGGAGAAGGCCAUGAAGGUGGACAUGGACAUCUGCAGGAGGAUUGACAUCACAGCCAAACUGUGUGACGUAGCUCAGCAGCGGAACUCAGAAGACAUGUCCAAGAUGUUCAACGUCAGUCCAUCCAGAGCGCCAGCAGACAGAAUGGCUGUGGUGUGCAGAAAGAAGGAAAAGAAACCGUUAUCUGAUGAGGAAAGCUCUGAGAUGGAUGCAGAUCCUAGCACCUCAGAAGACGACGUCCCCUUUAACAUCACAGAUGAGAUGAAACGCAUGCUCAACCAGCUACAUUGUUCAGAUAACUCAUUUGUUGCUAGGCGGGAGACAUUCGAUAUCGAUGAUGACUGUGACAGUUUGACGUGGGAAGAGAAUGACGAUACGCUGUUGCUAUGGGAGGAUUUCACAAACUACAACGUGCCCUGUGCACUUAACGACAACGGUGCUUUAGACUGCAAUGGGGACGCAAACGAUCCUAGCUCUCAGGAUGGCAGUUUGGGGAGUCUUAUAGAUGAGACAGAAUCUCUUUUCAAGAACAGAGAGCAGGAAUACCAGAAGACAAUCGGACAAAUUGAGAUGGAGUUGGCCACAGCUAAGAGUGACAUGAAUAGACACCUGCAUGAGUAUAUGGAGAUGUGCAGUAUGAAACGAGGACUGGACGUUCAGAUGGAGACAUGCAGGAGAAUGAUAAAGGGUGGCAGAAAUUCUCCUUCCUUCAGCUCCACCGCGAGCAGUGACUCAGGGAACACUGACGAGAUAAAAGAAGAGUUGGACAAGGACGGAGAGACGGAUGGGUCAAUCAGCUGAAACCUGCCCAGCCUGGCCCCGCCUCUCCUUUCCCCACUGUGCUCCAAUCAGCCCUCGGGCCUCGCAGCAUUCGAUCAAUGGUGUUCAGCGGUUCCAGUCCAUUGAUAUCUAAGGGACAGGGCCCAAAAAAGCUCCAUAAACUGAAAAUCCUGUAGGUGCUUUAAUGUCUCUGUGUCAGACUGAGGCGGAGCUCAUGAGAGUUGUUUUUGUGCUUCAUGUGUGCUAGACAGUGAUACUGAUGUGCUACAAGGUGCCACCGCUGUGCAGUGCUCAAUGCUAAUGUCACAAGGCAGCGUAACUAUGAAUCAAAACUAUCCCAACCAUCAUCGACAACAUACAUCACAGAGUACACUAGGGUGACCUUCAGAGAGCACCUUAGGUGACAGGGAAGGAAUUUAAUGUAUUUUCUGAAAUAGUUUUUCUAUUCUUUAUAAUAGUUUGCAUUCCCUCACAAUAAAUUUUGCAUUUCUUUGCAAUAGUUUGUGUUCCCUAGCAAUACAUUUUGCAUUCUCUCACAAUAAGUUUUGUGUUCCCUCUAAAUAGUUUGUGUUCCCUCUCAAUAACUUUGCGUUUCAUCGAAAUUGUUUGCGUUCCCUCACAGUAAGUUUUGCAUUUCCUUGCAAUAAGUUUUAUGUUCCUAAGCGAUAUUUUGCAUUCCCUCACAGUAAGAUUUGCGUUCCCUCACGAUAAGUUUUGCGUUCCCUCGCGAUACGUUUUGUGUUCCUAAGCGAUAUUUUGCAGUCCCUAACAGUGAUACCAUGAUAUUCAUGGUAAAAACCAUAGUAAUAAUACAGAAAAAAUCUGUACUUAAAGGCAACAGACACUCAUAUAGAAUGACAAUUUAAAACAGUGACAUAUGCCAGCUUCCGGCUGCAGCUAUGAUAACUGUUCUUCCCCCCCAGGCAUCAAUUGUCGCUACGAACUGCCAACUAUCCGGUGUUGUCUAUUCAGUGUGUAUGCCGCCAUUACUACAACACUAUUGCCACGCCAUUUAUAAAGGGAGCGUGGGAUCGGAAUCUACUGUAACCACUCUAGCAAACAGGACUACCGUAAACCCAGGCACAGUCAUAUCUAUCACAAUAGUUUGGGUUUUUCCUGCAUUAUUAUUUUGAAUAUCAUAGUUAUAAUAAAAUUACUGUAGUAAAACCAUAGAAAAUGUGUGGUUAUGGUUUUACUACAAAUACCACAGUUGAUCUGUAGUUGUUGUAGUAAAACCCUUGUCAAUUUUGUGGUUACUAUGGUUUUACCACAAAUGCUAUAGUUCAUCUAUGGUUACUGUAGUAAAACCAUGGUUAAUUUUCAUCAGGGAUGGAUACAGCUAUAGCAAGGAAACCCAAAACAACUGAAAGGGAACACCAAACAAUUGUGAGGGAAUGCAAAACUAUUUCAGAAGAUAAAUUCCCUCCCUGUCCUCUAAGGCAGUGGUUCUUAACCAGGCGAUCGGGACCCUUUAGGGGGCCUCAGCACACUUCCAGGGGGGACUGAAGAUCCCUUAAAUUAUUUAAAAUAAGGUAGAUUAUUAUAAUUUUUAUAUAAUUAUUAUAAUUCAACUUACUGAAAAUGCAAACAAACAAACAAAAAAAAAAAAAACUCCCUUUUACAGCUUGAUUUUUAUGAAGAACAUACAGUUCUAGACAUUUCUGGAAUCACAAAAUGUAUCAUGAUUAAUUGUUUUAAUCUAUUCACACGUAGUUUUUUACAUUAAAAUAAAUUUGAAAAACAAGCUUUGUCAUCAUUACAGUAGAAGUAUCUGAGGAAAUAUCUUAUAAUAGAUGUAUCUUAUAAUAUGAAUAUCUAAUAGCCUACAUUGGGGGCCUUUGAAUAUUUUCUCUGACAAUGGGGAGCCUUGGAGUGAAAAAGGUUGAGAACUACUGCUCUAAGGGGCUCCGUGAGGACCAAAUGACCAUCCGUUUAAAGUGUUUAUUUAUAGCAGUCAAACUAGCUAAGACUAAUUAUCUGGACAAAUCGUAAAUAGCUCGUAAAAUUGAGACUCUCCUGAAUUUAUCAGGGCGUCUGUUCACCCUAGCAUACACAUCACAUUUUGUCGAAAACAAAACAACAAAAAAAAAGAAAUGUUUGUUUUAUGUUAUUUGAGUGAAACACAAGAUUGAAAUCUUAUUCUAUCAGAUAAGUUUUUUAAUGUGUUAGACCAAAUACUGACUUAAACCACAUUUUCUUUUUCUCUCUCUUUUUAUAAAAACUAUUUAAAAAAAUCAGCUGCUUUCUGCUGUAGAGUUUUUGCCUUUUUAAGCCUCUCGUUAUAAAAGCAAACCCAGAUAUGAAUGUGGACACAACAAGUGAUACGCAGGUUCUAUGCAAUCAGUCGGCCUUAUUUCAAAACUCUGUGACCUGUGUUUAUUAAUUGCCUUAGUUUGCUAUGCAGGUGAUUUCAUAUGUUAUGUGUUUUAAAGUGUUGAUGAGGCACAAUAGUUAUGCACUUAAUGGCAAAAUCUGUGGAACAGUGCCCCAUCGUUUUGAGUGGCUACCAAUGAUGUUUAAACCUUUUUCAAGGGUUACACAUGUCAAUAUCUCAAAUUUUAAAGAGUUAUAUGUGCCUAUAUACGUUGCAAGCUCAUUUUGGAUGGCCUUACUACUUUUCACUACUUUUUAAACUUGCACUCAAGAACAAUACCUUGGUUUUUGAUGGGACAGUAUGGGAACUUACUUGAUCGCUAAUCUGUAUAGUCUCUGUUGGAGGAGUUUUUGGGUGGAGGUUUUGUUUAUGUGUUGGGUGUACCUGAAACUCAAUCUCAAUAUUUUUUUUACCCCAAAACUUAGUGAGCUGCUUACAGCAGCACCAUUUUAGACAUCAUAGGCAUGUUCCCGACACAAAGGUUGUUCUGAAAAGCGACAUCUUAAAUAUGUUGCCUCAUAUGGCACCUUGUUUAAGCCAAAGUGUAAGGCAGCACUACAUCCCAGAUAGCACACGUGCAUCUCUGAGAUGUCUAAGAGCAUUUCAUCUGAAAGCAUUGCAUUCUAAUGAAUAUCUGCUAAACAUCUUAAAAAGAUCAGAUUUACAAACAUUCUAAAUCAUAAACGUCUCAAAGACAUCUGAUGAAUGUCGUAUUGACAUCCGAGAGGAAACGCCUUAUUGGUAUAUUCCAGAUGAGCAAACAACCAAAAAAAUACAUCUUCCAGAUGUAAACACAGAUAUCAAAUAGACGUCUAGGUUAUGUACAUGUGCUAUCAGGGUACCUAGAUAGCACACAUACAUCUCUGAGAUGUCUGUUUUAGAUCUUUUCAUCUUGAAUGCAUCACAAUCUAAUUAACAUCUGCUAAACAUCUUAAAAAGAUCAGAUUUACAAACAUUCUAAAUCAUAAACGUCUCAAAGACAUCUGCUGAAUGUCUUAUUGACAUCUGAGAGGAAACGCCUUAUAGGUGUAUUCCAGAUGAGCAAACAACCAAAAAAUAUGUCUUCCAGAUGUAAACACAGAUAUCAAAUAGACGUCUAGGUGAUGUAUGUGUGCUAUUAGGGUAUUCAUAAACGUCUCAAAGACAUCUGCUGAAUGUUUUAUUGACAACUGAGAGGAAACGUCUUAUAGGUGUAUUCCAGAUGAGCAAACAACCAAAUAAUAUGUCUUCCAGAUGUAAACGCAGACAUCAAAUAGACAUCUGGGUGAUGUACGUGUGCUAUUAGGGUAAACAUUCUUAAUCAUAAACAUCUCAAAGACAUCUGCUGAAUGUCUUACUGACAUCUGAGAGGAAACAUCUUAUAGGUGUAUUCCAGAUGAGCAAACAACCAAAAAAUAUGUCUUCCAGACGUAAACACACAUCAAAUAGACAUCUGGGUGAUGUACGUGUGCUAUCAGGGUAUUCAUAAAGGUCUCAAAAACAUCUGCUGAAUGUUUUAUUGACAUCCGUGAGGAAACGUCUUGCAGAUGAGCAUACAACCUUAUUUAUGGGCUAUUAUUUUUAAGCUUAACAGAGUAUUGUGUAGUUAGCUUAGCAAAAUGCUGACUCUAAUGCAUUCACUUGUGAUUUGCAAUUUGUGGGGAAAGCGAAGUGACUACUUAUGUAGAGCUUUCCAAAACAACGCACUGAAGGUUAGAACGUUGCUUUUCACCCUGUCUACAUCGGACGCGAGCAGCGCGACUCGUCGCGUCAAAACCACAUCGCUCCCAGUGUAAUCAAUGAAGCAGUCAACACUAGAUGCGACCGUCGCGCUGGACAUCCCGUUCUGUGUCUGAUGCACUGCGUCGACAUCGGUCGCGUCCGGGUGUUAGAAGUGUAGAAGUUAGCUGCCUAUGUAGGAUGUAAGGCAGCUCACUAGGUUUUGGAACAGAAUGCUAUCAAUUUAAUAAAUGUAUGCAGAGAUAAAGUACAAAAGAGUAGGAUAGACUGGACUGGACUGGAAUGUGACAAGUUGCAUUUUAGCCCAUUAUGGCGAGCAAGGGCACUGUUCCAUACAGAUUCGAGGGCUGUUUUCUUGGAUGUACUGUAUCUAUAAAUAUGACUUGUGUUGGUAUGCUCAACCUAUGUGGCCUUUUUGUUUGUCUUGCUUGGUGUCAUUUGGCUAUUUCUAUUUUGAAUUUUUAUGUUGUAUGUUCUUGGGUCAAAAAAUAUUUUGUUUAUACAUAUUAUUUUAAGCAUAUUAAUCAGAUAUUUGGGGAAAUUUGAAAUGAUUAGUGAUUGGUGAUUUAAUUAUAAACUCAAAAUAUGGUAGCAGAGGUUUAUAUAUAUAUAUAUAUAUAUAUCAGAUAAGGUGGUGGGCAGGAAACAUGUUCAGAAUUAUUAUUGUUUAUUUUAGAGCUAAUUGUCACUCACAAUGACGAUUUCAUAUAAAUUAAGUCGUCAGGAGAUCAUAUCAUGGAUAUGAAAAAAAAACUGGCAUUUGAAUUUUAUUUUAAUUUAUAUAUAUAUAUAUAUAUUAUAUUCAGGGUAGUCAGGGCUUAUAUGGAUGCUUUCCCCUGGAAAAUGAAACAUGGACUAAUAGAGUUGAAGGUGUAUUUUGGUUGUUUAUUGAAAAUCAAGCUAAUUUUUUGUCCUCUUUGAAUCUGAACCCACAACAUGUGUCAUAUGUUUCAUCUCAAGAUACAUUUUAUGAUUUUUAAACAAAUGCAUGAAAAAAGGGCACAGCAGUGUACAGAAGGUGUGAGUUCACCGCAAGAUAACUUUAUACAUGCCGCAAAAAAGCUGUAUGUCACACAAAACCAUGCUUAACACAAAUUCUAAAAUGGAAAAAGUGCAUAGCGCAUCACAUGUUUUCCAAUUUAAUUCAGUUAUGUAUUUGAAAGAAACUCUGAAAGAACAAAAUGGGGCAAGUGACACUGCUGUCAUAUUUUUUUUUUUUGUCAUUUUAAAGCACAAAAUGGCAAGGGCAGAUUUCUAUAAAUCAUGCAGCUGCCCUGAUGGAGUCUUUAAUAGUAUCAUGCGUGUAGAAGUUUGUCUGUGAACAUAAAUACAUUGCAUUAGCUUAACACAUUAAGAUGCCUUUAUAACUGAAUGUACAAAAUCACAGAUGAGCUGUAGAGAAUGUAAUUUUUGUGCUCCAUUGGGACACACAUCAGCAUUUCUAACGCAACAGAAUUUCAGUUGACUUCAUUCUUAAUCAUGAUGCAUUAUUGAACGCUUUUAUUUUAAACGUAUGACUUAAUUUGGACAAAGGUCGGGUUUUGCCCAAAUGCCAAGCUGACUACAUAAUGACACUGCACAAUUAAACAAUUGUUUUUGAAUUCCUAAAUGUUUAGUAUUGAAUUCCUAAUGAAGUCCAUUAGACCCCCUAUCAUCAAAUGACACUUAAAACAAGUCAUUAAACCAGCAUCAGCCAGUCUUACAGAAAGCCUACUUUUAAUUUGUGAGUAUGAAAGUUAGGUGGACUGUAUCCUUCUCAUAUCCUCAGUCUUGGUUUUAUUUUUUGCUAUUAUAAUAUAAAUGUUUUGUUAUUUGGAAAUAUAAUUAUACAUUAGAUUUAUGUUUGGUCUUUGUUAAAACGUUUGUUUAUGCUUCAUAUGAGUAUACCUUUGAAUUUGGUGUGUGAGCUCUUGGUGUAUGUUUCAAAAUAAUAAAUGUAAUUGGUGCUGGGGUCAAAAAACAAUAAAAAAUUAUUUGUUCUUUUGGG